AUGAACAAUGCCUUAAAGGUCAGGGAAAGUAACUGCACAGACAAAAACCACGAGACUCCUGCUGUGGUCAACAUGUUGAAAGAGUUAGAUGCGGUCACUAUUGCUGUGUUUGAAUCCUUGUUGUCCUUUAUAGCUGGUUCAAAAUCAAAAUCAAGCAGUUGGUCAUUUGUUUCCAAGCUGGUGCAGCCGAAAAGAAUAGCUUGUGAGGGCGAGGAAGUUGCGAAUACAAAUGAACUUGAGAAGGUGGAUGCUGCAUUGCAAUCCCUUGUUAGUCACAAGUCAAAAAAAUCUGAUAACACAAUGCAAGUCGAGGAUGUGCAAAUUUGGCUCCAGGAUUUGGAGGCAAACAUUCAAGACAUUGAAGAAGGACUUGAGUGCCUGUUCAGGCGCUUAAUCAAAACCAGAAUUUCCCUUCUCAACAUAUUCAGCCAUUAG